UAGUUCCUAGAUUUAUCAGUGUGUAUUACAUCCCUUAAUUAUUAUAUCCGACCUGUAAGCUGAAUCUUAAGUUAAAAAGAUACGUAGUGGAAUGAAGAUUUCUCUUACUAUUGACAUGCUUUUAAGUUACAUUGUUAAGCAAAGUUAUAUUAUUUAUCUUUAAUGCUGUAAUAUACUUUGUUAAGUACUUUUCUAGCAAGAUUGAAGCUAACGUAGUUUCAGAUCCAGUUCAAUAUGCCUUCUUUAAUGGCUGAUAUUCUCACUUUGAUUGACACAGAAAUACCUGAAGGUAGACAGAGUUUACAAGAUAGUUUCGUUAAUUUGGAAAAAGUUGCUGAGUAUUGUGAAUCUAAUUACUAUUUAGCUCAAAAUAAAAAAACUAGUCUUGAUGAAACAAAAAACUUCACCACACAAAGCUUAGCAAGUGUAGCUUACAUGAUAAAUUCUCUAUCCUAUAACAUUCUUCAUAUUUUGGAUCUUCAAACUAGUCAACUUGCUGAAAUGGAAUCCCAGAUUAAUCACAUAGCUCAAACAGUUAAUAUAUUUAAGGAAAAGGUUGCACGGAGAGAGAUUGGAGUUUUAACUACAAAUAAAAACACUACUAGACAUCAUAAAAUUCUUGCACCUGCUAAUCAAGAGCGCCCUGUUAAAUAUAUUAGAAAGCCUGUUGAUUAUCAGAUUUUAGAUGAUAUUGGUCAUGGUGUGAAAACUACGAGCAAUACACCUAGAUCAAAGCGAACAGUAACACCUGUUCAAAAUACUCUAAAUGGAGCUAGUGCUGGGCCUGCUCCUACAACGAAACCACCAACACCACCCCAACCUGUUCGAGCAGCAUCUGGAACUCUCUCUUUGUCUCGGUCAAAUAAAGAGUAUAGGACACCACAUCUACCCAUUGCACCUCCUCAAGUUCCCAGUAAUUAUGCUCCAGCUGGAGUUCUUCGUUCACAAGAUAUUCGAAGAGGAAGUGGAUAUUCAACGCUACCCAUGGUUUCAUCUUCUCAAGCUCCGCAAAGUAUGAUUGCUUCUCAACCUCCUGUUGGUAUGGUUCAUCCUAUGACUACUCUUGGGCAAUCAUCUGUUCCUCCUCCUCCUGAUAUGAAUAUGAAUGAUAAACUUCCUGAACCCCCUAUGCAUGUUUCCUCAAAUUUUGAGAACCCUGGGAAUAUUUCUCCUCCUUUGCCUCCUCCUCCUCCUGAUGAUGACUCAUAUCAAGAAAAUUACAAUCCUCCUUCACCGCCAUCAUUUAUGAGAAGAGCUGAAUGGGUGCCAAAAAAUUUUGUUGAAAAAGUUGUUGCAAUUUAUGACUAUUGUGCUGACAAGGAAGAUGAACUCUCUUUUUCCGAAAAUACAAUAAUUUAUGUCAUGAAGAAAAAUGAUGAUGGUUGGUAUGAAGGUGUUAUGAUGGAUGAGGCUGGUGGUGCUGUGGCUGGUCUUUUUCCUGGAAAUUAUGUUGAGCCUUGUUUAUAAUGAAAUACAAGUGUUAAGUUAGUUAAGCCUGUAUGUUGGGAACAAAGGUUAAGGAUAAUGUUUUCUCAGCAUACAAAAAAUAUUUAGUUCAUAUGCUUAACUUUUUUUAGAUGUUAAUAAUUUUAUUUAUAUAAAUGAAAAUUUUCUCUUAUUAGAAAAUACAUAUUGACCAUAUUAAUGUUUUUUCCCAAUCAUUUUCUUUCUUGUUAUUUUUUUAUAUAGGUUAAACUGCCUUUAAAGCUUAUAUCAGAAUUCAUAUAUUUUUUUAAAUAUGUACCACAGCAAUAAACUGCUCUGUUUUCCUUAGUUAUUUCUUAUUUUUUACUUUGCUAACAAUUUAAUAAAAAUUAGUAUUAUACAUCAAAGUAUAUUUGCAGUUUUCAGGAAAAGAGAAGUACGCAACUCUUAUCUAAAACUUGAGUUAGGUCAAAUUUGGUACUCUUUCAACUAAUUUUACCUUUACUAACUUAUUUUUCUCAUUAACCCCCUAAUAUUUCAGUUACCUCAUUUUUAUUAAAAAAUAGUAAAUGUAAUAUCCCUCAUUUUGUUUUUAAUUAUUACAGUAUUCAUAAGACCUAAUAUUUACUUUUUACAACUUAUAGCUUACGAAGGCAUAAAAGAUGCACCAAAAAUAUUUAUUACUAUUGCAAUGUUAUUUGCAAAUCUUAAUUCUUGUUUUAAUUAUGUAGUUCAGACUGAAUUUACUAGUAUAUACAGUUCUUUUAUGACUUUUUUUUUUUUUUAAAUUUUGCCUUUUUUAUCACACAUCUAUAAAGUGUUGCUCUUGGGCAAAAAAGAAUUUUUUUUUUUUUUUACAUUUGAGACCAAUAAAAUCAAAUAUUUCAAAGACUCCACUUACUAGCUUACAAAACUUCUACCUUCUCAUUUUCUGUUUAAUAUACAUUUUAUUCAUAUCAUUUGUGAACACUCAUCAUUUUUAUAUCUUAUUCUUUGUCAUUUACUAUACAUUUCUUUAUGUUAUUAUCUUAUGUGAACACUCACAGCAUUUUUAUAUCUUACUCUUUAUCAUAUCAUUGUAUUAUACCUCUCUUUAUGUUAUGAGUUAUCUUUAAAAUUCCUUCAUUCAUAAUUUUUUUUUAUCCUAGUUUAUUAGAAAAUGACUAUUAUUAAAUCAAGACUAUUAUUAGAAUGCACAUUGUUAUUAUAAUGGCAAGUCUUUGUUACUUUAGUCAUUUAGUUUUAGUAUGUGUGCAAAAAGUUACUGAUGCCUGUGAAAUUAAAUAUGAGUAUUUCCCAUAGAGCUGGAAUAGGUGUAGAGCAAGCACACUGUUAUAUUUCCCCAUCUCUCUUUGUCCCAAACAUUAGAUGCUUCUCUGUCACAUGCUACAUCUUUUUACACGAUUUUGGUAGGGAGAGUAAGACAUCAAAUGACUGUUGAGAUUAGUUCUUUUUUUUAGUAGAUUUGUCUUUGUACUUAGGAGGACGAAAGUUAAAAGUUCAAGAGUGUUACGAUCAGUGGAAUGAUAAAAUUUCCGGGUCAUUUUUCCACAAGACUUUGCAAGAUUGAAAAUUAUUGUAGAAUUCAAAUAUGUAUAAACUGUAUACAUUUUUACAAAAUUAAGAAAUUUUAAUUUUUGAAUGAUUUUAAAAACGGUUUAAAGUUUUUUGCACAGAACUAGCAAAAAAAAUAUCCUUAUUUAUAUAUUUUAAAAAACUACAAUUAUUCAAGUUUGUUCAUUUUUAUUAAUUUUUCUUGUGGAAUAUAAUUAUAAAAUUGUAUCACAUUUUAGAAUUCAUCUUAGGGAAUUUUUUAGUUAGAAAAAAAACACUUUUAUAUUUCAAUCCAUCAUCGCAAAUAAUAGUAUAAUAUUUUGUAAAAUCAUGAAUAACUUUUCAGGUAGUGAAAAUUUUUCAAAACAUUUACAGAAAAAAAGAAUUAAGACAUGUUUAAAAGUCAAGUAUAGAAUAAAAAUUUGGAAAAAAGUGCUGCAUCCCAUUUAAAAGUCAAGCUUCUCUCUUUUUAACUUUCCAAUUUUAUUUUAACUUUAUACCUAGAGUGAGAUUGAUAGCUGACUCUUUCAAUUAUACAGCUUUAAUACUUCGGAUGAUUCAAUUAAAAAUGAUCUGACAAUUUCAGUUGAAAAAGACUUGAUGAUUUUAUUAAAGAAAAAAUAAUUAAGCGUUAAAAAUCUUUGUCCUAUUUAUAGAAUUGUUUUAUAUUAAUGUUUCAUAACCUCUCUUGUCUGAGCAAAUAUAUGUUGUGAAUAAAACUCACAAUUCAAGUUACUGAAAUUAUAAAAAUAUAUAGAAGAGUUUUUUUCUUUUAAAAACUCAAAAGGGUUUUAAAAAAAUACGGCAUAAAUAAACAAGGAAAGAAAGAAACAACAAUGUUGCUAAAAGUUUGUCUACUUCAUUUUACCACUGAAAUUUUAAAAAAAAUUUAUUUAUUAAUAAUAAAUAAUUCUAAAUAAUCAUAACAGUUUAGUUGUGUUCUUAUUUGUUUGUGUUUAAUUAUAAAGUAGUUUUAAAAGCUUAAAUUUGGAUUUUAGAAUGAAUAAAUUGGGGUGCUUAUGAUGUUUUAAGAAAAAGGAAAACAUGCUAAAAAUGAUUUAAUGUUGUAAUUAAAGCAAUUGUAAUUCCAAAAAGCAAUAAAUUAACUUUCUUAUGAAAUGUAUAAGGUUCUCUUUUAACAAAUAUUUCUGUGUAACCAAAUGCAGCACACUAAGUUACCAUAUUUUAAGAUUUUAGACUUUAAAAUUCCCACAUUGAUUUUCUUUCACAAAAAUAUCAAGGAGAAACGAAAGGUUAAAAAUUUCCUUCUUAUUUCACCCUUCUGUCGCAUGGUUUCAUUCUGAGGACAAAAAUUAUCUUUCAUUUUACGCUCUGCUAUAUUCCACCUCUAUGUUUUUUUCUUUUAGUUUUGAUAUAAUUAGGUUGAAUAUAUUUAAAAUGAAAUAUGUGUAUUCUUUAUCUAAUAUAUUAUUAAAACAUAAAUCCUCUUUGAGGAACAAUACUUAUUGUUUAUAUUAUCUGAGUAAUAAAAACUUAUAUGAACUAUGUAAAAGUCUCUCACUUUUGCAUGUAUCAUUCAGAAAAUUGCCUUUUUCAAUAUCAAUUUUAAGAAAAUCUAAAUAUUAUGUUGCAAAAUCUGUCUAACUUAUAGAAGAGCUUAUACUUGCAUUUCCUAAAAAUAAGGGUCUAAAUUGCUCAUCCUUAGUUUUCUUUUAAAAAAAUUUCUUAUUCUCUUUUUUUAAAAUUAUGUAAAUAUUUAUAUUGAGAUAAAUAUGUUUCAUUUGUCAAUAAUAACCAGGAAUUUGUGCCUAGUGCUUUAGAAUUUGCCAUUUCUUAAAGUCUUUCUGCUAUAAAUGCUAAUAUUAUAAUUGAAUUGAAAUGUUAGAGUUAUUACUAAGCCUUUUAUUCAAAAUAAUAUAAUUUCUUAUUCAAUCUCGUUUAUUGCAUAAUAGAUCUGCAUAGAAAGUUUUAGCCUUAUAAUCAAGAUAUUUGCAGUUUCCCUGCAAAUUUAAGCAUAUUUAUUUUUUAAAAAGCCAUACAGGUAUCAGACUGAACUGCUAUAAAUAAUUAUUUCAUAAAAGAACAUUUGAAGGCAUAUUUUUUCUGCAAUGAGUAAAAGCAAUCAAUGAGUAAAAGCAACUAGUUCUAAAUAAAAGUGACAAACUUUAAUUAUUUUUUUAAGUGAAAGUAUUUUUGCUCUGAUGUUAGUAUCAUUUUUUUCUAGUUCUUAAGUAAUAUAAAAUUAUAAAAAAGAGUAAAUUAGAUCUGUAAAGGAAUUAAUUUUAAGAAUUAGUGAUAAAAUUUUUUUAAAAAUUGUUGUGUGUUAGUAUAGAUAAAUAAAUUUGAUAAUCUGAUAAAAAAAAUAUUUAAAUAGUCUAAAUAAGCUCUAAUUGUCUUAAGCAAAAUUUCUUGCUUGUUAAAUUUUUAAUAACUAUUGUCUAGUAAUGUAAUUUUUAUAAAUUGAUUGAAGAAUUAUUAUUUCAUUCUUUAUAAAACAUAAUUUUUUUUUAAUUACUUUUUCUCAUUCUUUGGAACUUAUGGGAGAGGUCUCUUACUAUAUUUGCUAUUUUUGAAUUUAGUGUGAAUUGCUUAUAAAAUGCAGUAUUGUCUUAAUGUAAUCUCAUACUCUGUAUUAUUUUAUAUUUUAGUUUAAAAAUUUAGGGGAAAAUAAAAUGGAGAAAUCGUUCUCUCUUCCUCGAAAUUUAUGUGAACUAUUCAAAAUUAGGGAAAAUUAUUAUUGAAAUUAUUAGAGCUCUCAUCUUGAAUGUUAUUUGUACAGAUUAAUAUCUAAUAAGUGACAGAAAAUUAAUAAAAAAAUGUUAUUGCUUUCCUAAAGUUUAAAAAUUAUAUUUGCAAUAAUAAAUGCUAAGAUCAAGUGUAUUUAAAUCAUGAUUUUGCUACCUGUUUUUAUUAAUAUGCUUGACAAUUGAUAAGAGCAGAUAGCAAAAUCUUAAUAUCUUUAUGUGAUUCAUUGCUUUUUUUUUGCCUUAUUGAAAUGAUGUAUUGCAUUUAUCAUGUAAUUUUCUCUACUUAAGUGAUAUGUAAAUAUUAAAGGAAUGUAGCUUCUGUCAUUAA